AUGCCGCGCCCAUGCCCUCCUCCCGUCCUCCCACCACCGUCGUCCCUGCGCCCCGGUGGCGCCACCAUCCAGCUCGCCGCAGUCCCCCUCCGCCUCCACCGCAACCGGCAUAUGCAGUCCCUCUCCCUCCUCCGGCACGUUAAGGUGAAGGGGCUGUACGACUCCCAGGCUCCGGUGUGUCCCGUGUGCCAGACUCUGCUGAGACCAGGGGAGUUCCAGGAACACAUGGAGCAGGAGUUAGCCAAAGUAGCUCAGCUGCAAAUCAGCAUCAUUCCAGUGCAGCGUAACCAUCUGCUGGGGACUCCCAAGUCGCUCGCUCUGUCCCUGCACAUUAAACACGAAGGGGGCUCGCCCUCCUCUCCUCUCCGCACCAUCGAGGACGUGCAUUCGGACAGAUACCAGACAUUUCUACGUGUCAGGGCCAACAGACAUACAAGACUGAACGUCGAAGACCUCUGCUGGUGCAGGUGCUACGUCAAAUCCGCCCCAUUACGACCCCACAGCGCAGGAGCCCACCUAGACUGCGUGCAAGCUGUCAGGAUAGGCAAACUGAAGAAGAGGAAACAAGAGGAAUCUCAGGAGGGCCCUGCGGAGCUUGCGCCGUUAGAGGAUGAGUGGAACGACAGGAGAAAGAUACAGAUGACAUCUACACCGGCUGGAUUUAAAGGUGCAGGCCUGGGUCGCGGGGCGGCCCGGGAGUGUCGGGACAGCGAUGUGGACCUGGACGUGGAUGGAGACGACACGCUGGAGUACGGCAGAGCCCAAUACACAGAGACAGACAUCAUCCCAUGUUCCGGAGAGAGCUCUAAAGAGACAGCAGUCAACGGCCAUGAUUCCCGAGUCAAUUUAGAGUAUCCCAAGUGGCCAAAAGAAGAGGGCCCGUCCACCAGCAGUGAGAGUAACAAGGGAGAGGGCAGCCUGUCCGGUCUGCACCAAACUUGCCAAAACUCUGAGAUUGAGACGGUCACAGAGAAUUCUGCACUGACAACGCUAGACGCACUUAAAGCCCGGAUACGGGAUUUGGAGAAACAGCUGUCAAAAGGGGAUCGCUUCAAAUGCCUCAUCUGCAUGGACUCUUACACAACCCCUCUCACCUCCAUCCAGUGCUGGCACGUUCAUUGCGAAGAGUGUUGGCUUCGAACACUGGGAGCGAAGAAGUUGUGUCCCCAGUGCAACACCAUCACUUCCCCGGGAGACUUGAGGCGGGUCUACCUGUGA